AUGAUAUUCACUAAAAUCGGAUCUGCUUCACGAAGGACAAUUGCCGUUACAAUGCCAGACCUGUUUAUUCCUCCUCCAGGAUUUUAUUUUCGACUUGUUGGGUACCAGAGCACGCGUGCCCUCCACUCUAGGACUACACAAGAACCCGAAGUAUGGCACUGGUACUCUUCGCCCGAGUUCAAAGACCAGUUGUUCGAGCUUCUCUAUGGUACUGACCAUCAUGCUGGCCUAUACGCUAUAAGAGGCAAGGUGACUGGCAAAGUACUCUUUUCGAGGGUCAAGCAAGAACCACGUAUUGGACAUACCGAUGGCAAUGGUCGCUACUACGAUAACUACUACUCAUUUGAGGCCGGAACUGGCAAGUUAUCGUCCUCCUUCCGCAUGGUUUGCCCCAGUACCUCCACUGUCUGGGUCUCGCGAACAACCGCGGACCCACAAGUGUGCAAUGAGCCCAGUGAUGGCGACAUACAUGAUUACCAGUAUUUCUCUUUCGUAUUCGAGGAUACGGACAUUGAACGCGUCGAAUAUCACGUUGACCAAGGCAAGAUAUUGAAUUCGACACCCAUCAUGAUCGCCACACAGUGGUUAGCAAGGGGCAAGGAUGUCACCAUCAGCGCAAGCACCCAGGAGACCUCUACAUUCCAGUUUGCGCAAGGGUUCCCCAUCCCGUUGGGGGCUGCAAUAGUUGCGGCAACACCUGUAGUCGAGGAUGGGAAGAUUUCCUUGGACACUUCGAGUACAUCUAACUUUACCUGGUGUUCUACGACGACGACGUCCAAGGCUUACACGGUCGAUAUCCCCAUGGAUACCCAUCUAGACUCCGAUUCUCAAGCUUUCAUGUCUGUUACACAAUCUCAUCUGGAUAUCCCCAUCACCGUUUACAGCAAAUCCAAAGAGACCGGUGUUGUGGUUAAAACAGAAGGAAAAUACUAUGGCGUGACGACCUGGGACCUCCGCUGUGCCAUCUCUGUGGCUGCCUAA